GCGUCAUCCUUUUGCACAAGAUCUUUACGACGUCUACCCGAUAUACAUACAUCCUAUACUAUCGUUACACAAAAUCCACAUUUGUCUUACCAUUGGAUUUUGCAGCCAUGAGUUCACCAGAUUCAAGCACCAGCAAGCCUCGCGUACUAUUGUUUGGGGCAGGUAGCAUUGGUACUGUGUAUCUGUACCUUUUGUCCAAAGUAGCAACAGUCACAGCGGUGUGUCGAUCUAAUUAUGAUGUCGUGAAGGAGAAGGGAUUCAUCAUAAAUUCAGCCAUAUUCGGAGACGAUAUUCAUUUCCAGCCCGCCGUGGUCCGAAAUUGCACAGAGGCUGCUACCAGCAGUAGUGAACCCUUCGACUACAUUGUCGUCUGCAGCAAAGUCUUUCCAAACACGAUACCCGAUAUCAUUAAGCCAGCAGUUACGCCAAAUCACACGACAAUAGUGCUCAUCCAGAACGGUAUUGGUAUCGAAGAUGAAUACGUCGAGGCAUUCCCCACAAAUCCUAUUAUCAGUACCGUUGUCUAUAUGCCCGUGGCACAGCGACCCGCUGGCGUCAUAACACACGGCGACAUCGAACUCCUGGAGGUCGGAAACUAUCCUUCAACUUCGAAUUCGCCCCAAGCGGCCAACUUCACAAAGCUCAUUGAGUCUGCUGGCGGAACAGCUAAACUGUACGAUGACAUUCAAUUCAAGCGUUGGUUUAAGGUCAUCCUCAAUGUCGCUUGGAACCCCGUAUGUGCAUUAUCGCUCAGCACCGAUGUCGAUUUCAUGCUGUCUUCGCCAAACGCAACCGACUUUGUCUUGGAUGUAAUGCUAGAGGUAGCCGACGUUGCUGCCGCGUACGGCCACCAGUUCAGCAAGGAAGACGUACAGUUCCAACUUGAUCGGGCAAAGGUCAGGAUACAGAGCAAGAAGGGCAUAGAACCAAGUAUGCUCCAGGACGUCAAGGAAGGACGAAAAAUGGAAGUUGAAGCUAUUGUUGGCAACGUCUUGAAGAAGGCGAAAGCCAAGGGUGUCAGAUGCGACAGGGUUGCAACCAUAUAUUUCCUCGCCAAUGCACUCGAUGCACACGUUAACCCUCGUGAUUCAUGAGGGUGACGAUUUAAAUAGCUUCUUCAGCGAAUCCAAUAGAAGUAUACCCUCAUAGACAAACAAUUGAACCAUCC